AUGGCCAAGGACGAAGUGACGGAUGGGCGGCUGCCUAUUACGCCGCACCUCAACGUGCAUGGCCUCGAGAUUCGAUACACGCCCACGGCAGGCCGUGGUGUCUUUGCAUCGCAUCCGAUUGGGCGCGAUACUGUGAUUGAAAUUAGCCCUGUCCUGCUUUUUGAGGCAGAAGAAUACAAAACGCACGGCCAGUAUACCCUGCUCGACUCGUACACCUUUAUCUGGGAAAAGAGAGCAGGAGGAAGUACGAUGGCCCUUGCACUGGGCCUCGGCUCUCUCUUUAAUCACAAUCCUCGGGCAAAUGUAUCGUACGAGCUCGACCGCCGCGCCGAGUGCAUUCGGUACCGCACGGUGCGCUGCAUUGAUAUCGGCGAGGAGCUGUGCAUCUGUUACGGUGCUGGAAAAAUGUGGUGGGAGGAACCGUCGGAAUGUGCCUCGCCGCCUGCGACUGAAUUCGGCGAAUGCGCCCUCUUUGGCCAGAUGGACCUCGACGACAAUGCGUCGAAUGAUACCCCCCAAUCGUCCUCCAACGAGGCCUUGUUUGCGAGAGCGCCUGUGGACGCGGACACCCCACUCUGGCGUGUGACUGCGUCGCCUGAUCCACGCACAAUGCCGCUGGAGACGACGCUUGCGUGGGCGAUCGACGCGCCGCCGCGUGCGUGCGCGACUGUCGCCAAGAUUCUGCAGUCGCUGAUCAAGGACAAGACCAUCUGCGCCGGCCCGUCCGGCGCAACCUCGUUGCGGCAUCUGCGCACCUUUCGAAAGACACGCGAGGUGACGCGCUGUGAAGACGGCGAAUGGUUGCCUCCAAAAGACUCGGAUGAUUUGUCUGUGCUUGUCGCACUACACGGCCACCAGUCUCCCGAUGAGCUCGUGUCCCUUCUACAACCGGCGCUCGACGAUCUCGCGGCGGUCCACCUCUAUCUCCCGGACCCGUCUCGCUGA